UCCUCCUGAUCUGUGUCUUCGUUUCAGGGCAGAUCCAUCCUCACUGAGUGAACAUGCAGCAGCCCGAAACCCCGCAGAUAGGUCAGCAAACUGCGCCUGAACCUCUGGAUCCAGCAGCUCAGUACCUGCGUCGGAGGAGAACUGCUCUGUGGGUGACCGUCUCUCUGCUCACUCUGGGCCUGCUGGUUCUGACCGUAGGUCUGAUCUCGGCCACUCGCACCGACAACGUGCCGGUCGUUGGACUAUACCCGGGCAUCAUAUUGAGUUUCGGAGCAUUUCUGGGUAUUGUUGGCAUCCACCUGGUGGAAAACCGCAGACCUAUGCUGGUGUCCUCGAUAAUCUUCAUCAGUGUCGGAGUCAUCGUUGCCUGCUUCUGUGCCAUCGUGGAUGGGAUAAUUGCUUCAGACUUUAUUGACGUUACACCUGUGCAGGAGGGCAUGUGUGACUUUCACCCCAGUGGAUCUGGCUACGCCUACGACAGCUACUACACUGAGGUGACAUGCCGCUCGUUUGAGAAGUCAUGCAAGCUGAAAGUGAGGAGCAACACCUGCUACUGUUGCUACCUGUAUAACUGCGAGAGCCUGUACUCCUCACACUACUACGAGUUCACCGGGGUCAGCAGCUGCUGGGAUGUGGUCCAGCUGUACCGCCUGAUGUGGACCUCGGUGGUGCUCAACGUGAUCGGCUUGUUCCUGGGCAUCAUCACCGCCGCCAUCCUCGGAGCGUACAAGGAUAUCGUGCAGAAGCCUGCUCCUCAGAUCGCUCCCAGCCCAACGCCAGCACCUCACAUCCUGUACAAUCCGACCCAGCACAUGCUCACCUACCCCAACUUCUGUCCGUCUGGGCAGGCUCUGCCCGCCUACCCCAACUACCCAGUAUCCAUGCAGCAUAACACCAACCACCAGGCACCUGCUACUCCCCAGAUGCUCCCUCCUGGGGGAGGCCCUGUCUCCUCCCCCUCCUCCUGCCCAUCUGAGGAGAACCAGAGCCAGCUGCCCUCUCAGGUUCCCCCCCAGCCACAGCCUCAGGGAGCCACCCAGGACCCAGGAGGCUACAUGCUGACCCCCAACGCUCCGGUCCUCUAUGCAUCCUCCUACAGCGCCUUUGAGAAACCUCCACCUUACGCCUGCUGAGACUUUAGACAAAUAUGGAGAGCGUGCUGCGAACACCUUCACCUGGUCAGACUGAAAGUAGCACAAAACAUUUCAGAAACAGAGAUUUCAAUGAUUUAAAUGCUGCGUUUCACGUGUGUCUAAUGGGUUUCAAGUGAAGUCAGACAGAGAUUUAUGGUUAUGUAGUGUUUAAUAUGUAGACAUGAGUCCUUUUAAUAUGUAGCCAUCAAAGGAAACUUGCUUAUUCACUCAGUACCACACAGCUCUGAAGCUCUGCACGGCAGCAAAAAGACCAGAAAUGAGGGAAAAGUACCAGCACCUCUGAAUCUGCUCGAUUAUUAACAAAAGUUUUCUUUUAAAAAAGACAAAAAUUGUGAAGUGAAAGUGAAUAAGCAAAAUUUCCCAAGAUGUCAAAGAUUCUUUUAAGCCUAAGGCUGGCCUUUGGAUGGUUCACACUCAGUUUAAAUACUGACUGUGGUCUGGUUUCUGUUCUAAGUUGCAGGUCGUCCUGUGUAUCGUCUCAUUAUACUGUACAGUUCAAAGGGCUUUCCUGAGAGUAAAUUAUGUUCAUGUAGCUGUUAUUUAAUUAUGUUUGUGUGACUCAUUUAAUGUGCACUUUACAGUCGAUAUGACCUCUGAGUCGAUGCAUGGGACUGCUGGACCUGUAAGAAAUGCAUAGUAAGGGCUUUAUAUUGAAAAAAAACUUCACCUUUGAAGGAGUUCAACACUGACAAAAAUAAGUUUAUUUGCUGUAAUAUCCGAGGCAGAGAGUCUGAAAACGGGUCUUCAAAGACUUUGUGUAACGUCUGUCCUCCACUUUUCAAACAAAUCCAGGCAAACGGGUUUCGGGUUUCCCUGUUUUGGCCUUCACUCAUCGGAAAAGCAAAUAAGUUUAUUUUUUCCAAAAUGUUGAACUUUUUUUUCCCAGUGCUUCUGUUAGGUUUUUUUCACCUCAAAGGCAGACCGUGUAACUUCAUAGUCUCAUAAUCUUGUUACAUUCAUAAGCAAUAAAGCACA